AUGCGUCCUCCCUCCACCCCCGUAUUCGUCCUCGUGCCGGGAGCCUCCCAAUCCCCCGCCCACUACGGCCUUCUCAUGCACUUUCUCCUCACUCGCGGCCACCCCGUCUACUCCACCAUUCUCCCUAGUACCGGCCCCGGAAAUGGAAAGAAUGUAACCACCGGGAUCCCCGGCAGCGCCGCUGCCUAUGGACUAGGCAAAAAAUAUCGCGAAGUAGCGGGUAAGAAAUCAUCUGUUUUGGGACGGAUAUAUAUUGCAUCGUUGUUGGUGAAAGGAGGUGAUGGAGGGACUAUUGUUGAUGCGUUGGGAGGAUUACUUCCGCCGCACAUUACACUUGAUGAACCCUCCGGCAUACUCAACUGCGCCGACCCCGGUCCUCCCCUCCACUCCGACGUCAAACCUCUCCUCUUCCAAAACGUCAUCGUAACCUCUACUCUCUGUCUCAGCUACGCCUUCUGGCACUCACCCUGUCCACGCGGCUCCUGGAAUCAAGAACCUUCCCGAGGAAAAAUCGCAUUCAUUCGAACCCUCAAUGAUACGAGUAUCCCGUUGCAGUUUCAGGAUAUGUUUAUGCAAAAUAUGGGGGAAGAGUGGAUUGUGAGGGAUAUGGAUACGGGACAUGGUCCGCAGCUUGUGCAGCCAGAACGGGUUUGUGAUGUUUUGAUUGAGUUGGCGAGGGAAUUUGGAGGGGUAUGA